AUGGCUGCCGACAAUAGCAAGCUCACUCUCAUGAGCUCUGAUGGCGAGAACGUUGAUGUCGAGCGUGGCGUUGCCGAGCGAUCGGUCCUGAUCAAGAACAUGGUUGGCGACUUGGGCGAGGAUGCCAUCACCGAGCCGAUUCCUAUUCCCAAUGUUAAUGCUGCUGUGCUAAAGAAGGUCAUCGAGUGGUGCACCCAUCACAAGGACGACCCCGAGAAAGCCAACGAGGACGAGUCCGAUUCCCGCAAGAAGUCCACCGAGAUCGAUGAGUGGGACCAGAAGUUCAUGCAGGUCGAUCAAGAGAUGCUGUUCGAGAUCAUCUUGGCUGCCAACUACCUUGACAUCAAGGCUCUCCUUGACGUCGGCUGCAAGACCGUCGCCAACAUGAUCAAGGGCAAGUCUCCCGAGGAGAUCCGGAAGACGUUCAAUAUCCAGAACGACUUCACCCCUGAGGAGGAGGAUCAAAUCCGUCGCGAGAACGAAUGGGCUGAAGAGUGA